CUGUCAAUGUCACGUUAUAAUUUAAGAUUACAAAAAUAAAAUUUGUUUUUUAGUUUUUUCGCAGGAGAAUUAUGUAAAAAAAUCUGUUAAUGUCUACCCCAAAGCUCAUUACUAUGGCAAAAAUGGAAGCUUCAGUACUUAAAAACAAGUUUCGAGGCUGCCUGCUCGGCUCGUUGAUAGGAGAUUGCACUGGAGCUCCAUUCGAGGGCGAUACGAUUUCACAUGGAGACCGAUUGGUCAUUCAAAGAUACUACGACAAACUCGAAGAUCCCACUUUCACCGCUCCUUAUAAGACAUACACCGAUGACACGGCCAUGAUGAAAUCCGUCGCUAAAUUUCUAACAGACAAACCCGAACCGGACUAUAAAUUCUUAUCCAGACUAUUCGUCAACGAGUUCUUCAAGGAACCCAGACGAGGAUACGGGCAGAACGUCAUCGAUGUUUUCCACAAACUGCGAAACACGAAAUAUGAGAACGUCUUCAAGCCGGCCAGCGAACAGUUUAUGGGCGCGGGGUCCUACGGGAACGGGGGAGCCAUGCGCGUGGCGCCCAUCGCUCUAUAUUUCCACGAUAACUACAAAAUGAUGCUCGAAGUGGCCUCGAACGCCACCAAAUUGACGCACACGAACGUGCUGGGGGUGAACGGGGCCCUGUUGCAAGCUGUCGCUAUUCAGUUAGCUGUAAAAUGCGACCCAUACGCGAAAAUCGACCCGGAGAGAUUCUGCAUUGAGUUGUUCAGAAGAAUGAGGAAAAUCGAGCGGGUAGAAGAAGAUGUGGACGACAUGGAGGAAGAAGAUGAUGGGACGAGAGAGGCUUACCAGAAUAAACUGCGUGUGGUUGAGAACUUGUUGCAAAGGAAGCACGACAAUGACUUGGAAGAAGAAGUUAUUAUGAACUUAGGAAACGGUAUUUCCGCAUAUGAAUCUGUACCGACGGCUAUUUAUUGUUUCUUGAGGGCCCUCAAUGAGAUUUCCUAUAUUCAGACUGACAAUGUGUUUCGAAGAACCAUUCAGUAUGCUGUUUCACUAGGAGGUGAUACAGACACAAUAGCCUGCAUGGCUGGCGCUAUAGCCGGAGCUUAUUUGGGAGAAAACUGCAUAAAUACAUCCUUAGCCAAGCAAUGUGAAUAUUAUAAAGAAGUGUUAGAAAUGGCAGAUAAUUUGUACGUAGCCAAAGAAGGCCCUGGAAAUUAAUAAAUGUUUGUUAAUUUU